CACAAAAAAAUACGUCUAAUUCACUUGUCUUCUUCUAGUUCCUACGACAUGCUCCUAGGAAAACGUGAAGUAGAUCUCUGUACCACCCAAAUAUUAUAAUUAACAAAUUAUAAAUGUGUUAGUGUUAGUGUUUGUUACUUCCACCUUUUCCAAUAGUAUUAGACUAUUAGCGCCGAAACGGUGUCAAUCUACAGCAUAUUCUUAUUUUUUGUCAAAAAAAAGAGUUGGGUUUUGAGUAGAACAAAGUUUUAAGAGUGUUUAUUUAUAAAAGAUUAGAUUUUUGUUGAGAAUUUGGGAGAAUAAUGGCGGAGAACAAAGAGCCAUUGUUGAACAAGAAUUAUUAUUAUGAUGAUGAGAAUUGCCCAGGUUGUAAAAUUGAUAAGAGAAAAGCAGAAAACCCAAAUCUUCCUUGGAUUCCAUUUUUCUUCAUAUGGAUUAUCACUCUUUGUGCUUCUUUGCCGAUAUCAUCCAUCUUUCCCUUCCUUUACUAUAUGGUGAGGGACUUCAAUAUUGCAAAACGGGAAGAAGAUGUUAGUUUCUAUGCCGGUUUUGAGGGAUCUGCAUUUAUGGUCGGGAGAACGUUGACAGCUGUUUUGUGGGGAAUUGUGGCUGAUCGUUAUGGCCGGAAACCUGUCAUGAUUUUUAGCACAUUAUCUGUAGUGAUUUUUAACACAAUGUUUGGCCUGAGCACAAAUUAUUGGAUGGCACUUACUUCAAGAUUUCUUCUUGGAGCUUUCUGCGGCACACUUGGUCCCAUGAGGGCAUAUGCAACUGAAGUUAGUCGUAGAGAGCAUCAAGCUUUGGGAGUGGCAAUGUUAAGUUCUGCAUGGGGCAUUGGUUUGGUCAUAGGCCCAGCACUUGGUGGUUAUCUCGCACAGCCUGCAGACAAAUUUCCAAGUGUAUUUUCUCAGGAAUCAAUAUUCGGGAGGUUCCCGUACUUUUUAGUUUCGCUGGUAAUAUCAAUUUUUGCAUUAGGUGUAUCAAUCCUCUGCUUUUGGCUCCCGGAAACAUUGCAUACGUGCAAGCCUAUUACUGAUGGCAAAGUCCAGGAUCAUCCUCAUGAUAUAGAGGAUGCUGACUCUGAAAAAUUGCAAGAUACCGAAAAUUCUUGGCUAAGCCUUCUUCAGAAUUGGCCUUUAAUGUCAACUGUCAUACUAUAUUGUGUAUUCCAGCUACAUGAUAUGGCGUACAUUGAGAUAUUCUCAUUGUGGACUGUAAGUCCGAGGUCUGUUGGAGGAUUAAGUUUGGCGACGGAAGAUGUAGGUCAAGCUCUUGCAGUAGCAGGAUUUGGUUUGUUAUUUUGUCAACUACUUUUCUAUCCAUUCUUGGAGAGAAAACUUGGGCCAAUCACAGUCUCACGUGUUGGAGCGGUUCUUAGUAUUGCUCUGCUGUCGGGCUAUCCCUUCUUUGCUAAUUUAAGAGGCACGACUCUCUCAAUUGUGGUUGAUCUUGCAUCUGCACUGAAAAAUGUGCUUUCGAUAUCGAUCACUACUGGAUUGUUUCUCCUGCAAAAUAGAGCUGUGCGCCAACAUCAACGAGGAGCUGCAAAUGGACUUUCUCUAAGUAUGAUGUCUUUAUGCAAAGCAUUGGGUCCUGCUGGAGCUGGAUCCCUUCUCUCUUGGGCACAAACGCGUCAGACAGCUAGCUUCCUUCCAGGAACUCACAUGGUAUUUUUCAUACUCAACGUGGUCGAAUUUCUUGGACUGGUAAUGACUUUCAAGCCUUUCCUUGCAAGAGCUGCUGAGGAGUAUUGCUAGUUCUUUGUCUCUGAAUCGUUGGUUGCAAGCGUUAACUUAGAAAAAAGCCGCUCUUCUUAGUUGGGCAGCGAAAUCGGAGCUACAGGAAGGCAGAAGUCCAGAUUUUGGAUUCCCAUGACAUACUAACAAAGCAAGAAGAGCCUGCUUGAUUUGGUUGUAGGAGCAUUUUUUAGUCUUAGCAUUUAGGCAUUUAGCUGUGUAUCAAUCCACAUAUAUAAUUCAUGAUUGAGGGGCCACUUGUUCCUUUCUUGUGAGUUGUUACAUGUUUGUUGUGAGCUAUUACUAGAUCCAUCUCUUAUUUGUUUAAAACAUAAAUAAAUGAUGUCACAUAACGGUAUAAGCCAUUGGAUUUUUCCGUCAAAAAAUAAAAAUGAAAUAUAAGCCAUUGGAUUUUUUUU